GUGAGGAGUACGCUAUCCCUUCUCAUUCCAUCUUCCAAUUUAAUGUCAAUUUUACUUUUUGAACGUUGUAAACAAAGAGUGGUCAAACUGAGAGAGAAAGGGGGAGAGAAUGUGGGGAGGCUGUGGAAUUUGGAUAUGGAUGCUUAAAUGGCUUAGGUUGGAGCGGAGACGGACCGGAGCUCUUGAGGGCAUCGACUAGAGAAGGGUCCAGAGGCCUAAUCCCUUCUCAGAUUACCUCAAAUAUCUCUUGAUAAAUUCCUUAAAGAAGCACUUGGAUUAGAGGGCUGAAUUUGAUGUCUUAUUGGCAGAGGAAAUGGAUCCCAAGCUGAGAAUAAAUUCAGAAGCAUUGGCAAAAUCUUCUUGCCAAAUGAUGGGAGACACAUCAAGAAAUUUCAAUCUGGGCCAGCCAUUUAUCCAAUUCAACCCAAUAAAUCUAUGUUAUGGUGGUGGACCUGAACAAACCUUCCCAGAAUUUCCCCCUACUCUAGGCACCGAAGCUCGUAGCUUAUAUCAACCAGAGCCUGAGGUAAAGAGUGCAAAUCAAUUCAAACCAAGUCCAAAUGUCAAUAAUACAAUUCUGGAUUGGAAUCCAAGAUUGAUACUGAGCAACCUCUCCUUCCUCGAGCAAAAGAUCCACCAAGUUCAAGCUAUAGUACAGUCUAUCAUCAACCAGGAAAGUCAGUUCUCCAACCGAGCUAACGAAAUGUUCGCUCAGCAACAGCUUGUGACGGCAGAUUUGACUAGCAUCAUAAUUCAGUUGAUUUCAACAGCAGGUUCUCUUCUUCCUUCCAUCAAGAAUACACUUGUCUCAACUAAUCCUUCAGCCGGUCAGCUGGGCAGCUUCAUUGGUGCUCCCACUAGCUUUGGCUUAAAUGUGAGUCAGCAACAGAAUGCGGUCAUACCUAUGGAGGUACCCAAGGCUUCAGCAUGUGAUAAGCUGAUCGAUGGUUUAAAUAAAGAUAGUUGUAGGAAAGAAGGCAGUGAGCUGAUCAAAGGUUUGCAUGGUCAUGGGAAUGAAGAUGUUGAGCUGAUUAAAUGUCUGAAAAGUGAUAGUGAGGGAACUGAGCUUGCUUCUCUUGAAGACCAUGAUGUGAAGGACAGUGAUGAUGGUGUUGAUGGAGAAAACCUUCCCCCUGGUUCUUAUGAAGUCUUGCAGUUGGAGAAGGAGGAAAUUUUAGCACCACAUACCCACUUCUGUGUGAUAUGUGGGAAGGGAUUCAAGAGAGAUGCGAACCUAAGGAUGCACAUGAGAGGCCAUGGAGAUGAAUACAAGACCCCAGCUGCUCUUGCCAAGCCUAACAAGGAAUCAACCUCAGAACCAGCACUUAUAAAGAGGUACUCCUGCCCCUUUGUAGGGUGCAAGAGGAACAAGGAGCACAAGAAGUUCCAACCUCUCAAGACAAUCCUCUGUGUGAAAAACCAUUACAAGAGAAGCCACUGCGACAAGAGUUAUAUCUGCAGUAGAUGCAAUACCAAGAAGUUUUCAGUCAUUGCAGACCUGAAAACUCAUGAGAAGCAUUGUGGUCGUGACAAAUGGCUAUGCUCGUGCGGAACAACAUUCUCAAGGAAGGAUAAGUUGUUCGGGCAUGUUUCUUUAUUCCAGGGCCAUACACCUGUUCUUGCAGUGGAUGAUGCCAAGGUUUUAGGAACAUUCGAUCAAGCACGGCCCAAUGAAGUGAUGAAUGAUAUGGUGGGAACUUUGGAGUAUAACUUUGCUGGGAGAACCUUGGAUGAUGUUCAGAGUCUCAAUAUUAAAGGUGUUGAUGUUGGAACGGGCUGUUUCUCUCCUAUGAAUUUUGAUGCCUGUAACUUUGGAGGACUUGAUGAGUUCCUACAUCCUGCAUCUGAAGUCUCUGAAGGUCCAUUCUCCUUUCUUCCUUUUGGUUCAAGUAAUUUAAUUCAAGGAAGUGGACAAAACUGACACCCAUCCUCCCAUUAUGGUGGCAAUGGCUGAGAAGCAUCAUUGACUACCAGGAUGCAUUCAGUUUUCUACAUGAUUUCGCUAAUAAUAUCCUUCCACUCUUUCGAUAUGUGGUUGGAAGCAGUAUAAUUCAACUUUCUAUGUUUAUCAUAUUCCUCUUUCGCAAAUAUCCUGUGAUGUUUAGUAAUUAUAGUUUGACUCUUAAUGUUCAUGUUACCAUAAUAUUUAACUGUGUUCUGUUCCUUUGCAAUCUAUGGAUGUUUACUAUAUUGU